AUCCUCAGUGUCCAACAGCUCAAGAAACUGGAACAAGCUGCUGGGAGCCUUUCAAUCUGUAAGGAUGGUGUACCGCAGCUUCGCACUUACACUGGGCAACUGCUUCAUACUUUGGGGCGAGUUUGGCUCGAAGUUAAGUAUGGCCAAGAAACUCGCAGACUUUCGGCUUUACUGGCGCUUGGUUCUGGACCUUGCCUUCUGGGGAGAGACUGGCUGCAUCAGUUACACAUUAAUUGGUCAAAAGUGUGUAAUUUACAAAUUGAUGAUUAUAGAAAUUUGUUUCCAGAACUCUUCACACCAAAUUUAGGAAAACUGAAGAAUUACAAGGCGAAACUGUACAUGGACCAGGACGUUCAAUCCCUGUUCUUCAAAGCCAGGACAGUUCCUUAUGCCCUCCGAGAAAAAGUAGAAGCUGAGAUUGGACGACUGGUGUCUGAUUGGGUACUUAAACCUGUGGAGUAUUCGGACUGGGCAGCUCCCAUCGUUCCCAUUAUGAAGCCUACUGGGGAGGUUAUCCUCGGUGGGUCGAGGGAGUAAUACAACGACAGAUGGGUCCGGUGUCGUUCACGGUGUUACUCCCAGAUGGAAGGACAUGGAGAAGACAUGGGGAUCACCUUAGACGGUGAUAUUCGGGAGGUACAAGACAGGAGGACGAGCCAGACACGGUGACAAGGGAGCCUUCAUCUUCCUGGCAGACACCUGCGGCACACUCACCAUCGCCGGUGCCACUUGCGGCACACUCACCAUCGCCGGUGCCACUUGCGGCACACCCUCCACCGUCGAUGCCACCUGCGGCACACCCUCCACCGUCGGUGCCACCUGCGGCACACCCUCCACCGUCGGUGCCACCUGCGGCACACCCUCCACCGUCGGUGCCACCUGCGGCACACCCUCCACCGUCGGUGACACCUGCGGCGCACCCUCCACCGUCGGUGCCACCUGCGCCAUACCCUCUACCGUCGGUGCCACCUGCUGCACACCCUCCACCGCUGGUGUCGCCACCCACGGCUCACCCGCCAACGCCUGUGCCACCUACCGCACAACCACCACCGCCGGUGUCACCCGCAGCUCACCCGCCAACGCCGGUGUCACCCACGGCUCACCCACCUACGCCGGUGCCACCUGCGGCACACCCACCAGCGGUGCGGGGGAGGCCAGCAUCGCCGGCAGGAGAGAGGCCUGGUUUAAGAAGGUUCAUGAGAAGGAAGGCACCGCCCAUUAGAUUAGGAUAUUAAUGUUUUUCUUAUGUCAUGCUUGUAUGAAGGAAAGAAUUUAAGGGGGAAGGAAUGUUGUAUAUUUAGAUUGUUCUGAAUCUCGAGUAAAUGAUUCAUGGUUGUUGUAUUGAAUAUUUAGAUUGUGAUUGUUACUUUCUCAAGAAAUCUCGAAACCUCGAUUCAACGAGUUAUUGUAUAAAGGUGAUGGGUUUUCGUUUGGCAGACAGCUACUGGAAUAAAUAUCAGUAACA